AUGGAGAGGCCCAAACCGGUGCUGACCAGUACAGACUGGCACGAACCGCUGCAGAGCGGUGUGCACCGGCGCAGACCGGGUGGUGAACGUGGUAAUUUGCAGUGGUUCAAAGUGCUGAAGGGAGCUAAUCAGCUGGCUAUCCAUUGCAAUCUGAAUCCCAAUGGUAUUGAUCAUCCUGUCCCCACAGAAGGUAUUAACCUGCAACUUGAAGGUGAAGGAGUUGAAUCACCCUCCGUUAAGAACACACCAAAAGGGCCCGAGUUGAAAGAGACACCCAAGAAACAUGUGGAGCCAGAAAUAUCUAAGUCUGGCACUGUGAAGCUGACCAAGCCAGUAGCUUUGUGGAGCCAGCAGGAUGUCUGCAAGUGGUUGAAGAAACAUUGCCCAAAUCAGUAUCAAAUCUACAGUGAGUCAUUCAAACAGCAUGACAUAACGGGCCGUGCUUUGCUGAGGCUCACUGACAAAAAGCUUGAACGAAUGGGCAUUGCCCAGGAAAACCUGAGACAGCACAUUCUGCAGCAAGUCCUUCAGCUGAAGGUGAGGGAAGAAGUCCGAAACCUCCAGUUGCUUACACAAGCCCCAACAGAGAGCUCCCCGUAAGCAUUUCCAGCCUCUAAAGCUGCUGUCCUGCCACUUGAUAUGAAAGUGAACUCUUCUUCCUGAGAAAAACCAUAAUAAAUGGCACUGCCAGAAGAUGACCAUGGAGGACUGAAGACAAUCUUGAAGUAAAGUCAUCCUGCUCAAGAUGAUGCAUCCUGGGAAGACCUGGUUUGCGGGGAUUAAAAAUGUGGCGCGUUAUAUCCAGUGCUAGGUUGUUUGAUAUGGUCAUUGACAGACCUUUAGCUGGAAAAUUUCUUCCAGUUUUCAUCACUGUGCAUAACUUUGAGUUCCCUUUAGGGGACAGUCUGUGCCCUUCACUAGAAGUCCUGUUUUAGCAUGGCAACUACUGGAUUCUUUUGUUAUGUAUGCAGAUGGCAUGAUGUUUUAGGAAAAAAAAUUGCAGCAAUUCUCCAAUCUCAGUGAAUAUGUUCACAAUAUUACACCCCUGAUAGGAAUGUAAACAUGUCUUGUAUAUGUUCAUUUUGCAGUCUAAUGGUAUUCUGUUGAACAAUAUCAGCACUUCAUACGUGCUUUCUGCACAGGAAGACUAGCACAGUCAUAUAUAUAUAUAAAUGUCUUUUUUUAUUUAAUACAGAGGAUAUGUUUCAGUAUUUUUGCUGAGGCUGUAUCCAAACUCAAGUCCACUGCUUACAUACCUUCACUAAUUCACAGUAAAUUGUAUAGAUAGAUUUGCACGUGGCAAAUGUUUGACUUUAUUGAGACUUGCAGAACAGCUGUCAAAGAGGUAGCUAAGAACAGGAUAAGUUGAACGAGCUGUAGGAAACUGUCUGUUCACCCUCUAAUCCACCAAAAAUCAAAGGUUGUCAUUUCCAGGAUGCCAAAUGCAGUUUUCUUGCUCAUUGAGGGAGAAGAAAGGGAGAGAGCCUUUCUCAGAGAAGUGUUUAACCCUGGGUUUGGUCUACAAGAAAAACAGAGUCAACUGGAA